AGGAGCGGCGGCUCGCGGCGGAGAUCGAGGAGCUGGCUCUGGCGGCCCGGGAGCGGCAGCGCGCGGCGGCCCGCGAGGGCCAGCAUUGGCGUGACAGGGAGGCCGCCGGUGCCGCCUCCGAGGCCCUCCGCGCAGCGGAGGCCCUGCUCGCCGCCGGGGGCCGCGGCGGCGGCCGCCCGUGGGCCGAGGCGACGACGCCGGGAGGCGCCGCGGCCUCGCCGCUCUCUGGCGGUGGCGCCGCGGGUGCCUGGGGCGUGGCAGCCGCGUCGCCUCCCGGCCCAGCUUGGGCGGCUCGCGAGCAGGCCAAGCUGGCCCUGGAGGUUGACCAUGGCGUGCAGCUCGCCAUCGCUCGACGCCAAGGGGCCCCCGACGCGGUAGCCCCCUGUCGGCACCGCGAGGCCGAGGGCGCGGUGCGCGAGAGGAAGCCCCGCUCCCCGCCCUUGUCCUGGCCAUCGCCGCCCGCGCCUUGAGUUUGCCACCCCGGCGGGCAGCGCGGGCGGCGCCGAAGGCGUUCCGUUCGCCGAGUUCUCCCAGGACCAGCCGGCCGAUCCGAGGCCUUCGGCGCCGUGUGCUGCAGAGCCGGCCGACGCAGCAGCAGGUGCCACGGUGGCUGCCAGGGCGGGCGCCCGCACCGACGCUGCGCCUCCACGCUGGCGCGGCGUGUUCUGAGAGAA